AUCCGGUGGUUGCACCACGAGUAUUGCACCACGGUGGCUUCAUAGUAUUUUUUGCUGACACCAUCGGGAUAUAAAAGCGAAGAUGUAUAUAAACAUUAAUAUUUGGAGGGUGAAGGUGAAGAGAGCCUAGAGUUUCACAUAGAAGAACGUUGCAUACAGUAAAAUAACCAGCAUGGUGCUAAAGAGGAGCAAGCAAGGCCUGAACACAGGCUGUUCUAUGCCGAAAGUUGGACCAUGGGUGUCAGUGCAGAAGUGUUGGAGGCAGCAUCACACCUCGGAGUACAAGGGUGGCUACAUCAUUAAAGAAAUCUUAACACGCUUGUUUAGUGAUGAUCGAGAGGACUAUCACAGGGAGAUCGAAGGAGAGUUUACUGACAUUAUUCAAGAUGGCGGUUUGAGACUGAAUGCCCGUUACAAUGGACUGGAUGUUUUGUAUUCUCUGAAUAAAAGGAAACGCUGGCUUCUUCCCGGAACUGUUAAGGAAGCUAUCAGUGAUGCAGAUGCUCAGGAAGUGGAAAAGUCCAAGCUGACAUUGUUUGAGCGCUCUACCUAUUCAUCAAUGAUUAGUCCUCGUAGAAACCGGUUCAUAGCGGACUGUAUUGGUUACCAUGACAGCAAAAGAAAAUUUCCUAGCACGUACCCCAAGAGUAAAAGAAGUUAUAUCACUGAUCUGAGACGCAAUGGCAUGGCGAGAAAUUCAGUGGGAAAAACAACACGGGAUAGAAUGAAGGAAAAGAGGAAGAACAACACCCUUAGAAAAAUAAGAGGAGCUCAAAGGCACCAGGUGAUGUUGCAGCCACAGGAAGAGAAGGAAAAUGCUGAAACUGAAAGGGAAAACUACUUUUAUUGGNAAAAAUGGAAAAAUAUGAUGAAGGUUUGUAUCACUGUUUAA